AUGGCAACGUUUCUUGAAAAAAAUGGAGUUUGCUUUGAAAAAAAAAAUACCGUUCAAGUUGAUCGUGAAGAUGUAAUCUCGAUAUUCGAUCAUAGGAUCAGAGUUCCAAUAACUAAACGAUCAAAUAUUUCUGAAGAAACCUGGCAAAAUGCUAUUUCUGAUAAUAGAGCUUUAAUCGUUGUUCAUAGAAAUCAAAACAACCCAUGUUCAGGUGCAAAAUUUCUCGAUGCGACUAACGAUAUCGCUCACAUUAUCGGCAUGAUGUAUAAUAUUCUCUUAAGAGAAUAUAACAGAAACUUACCAGUAGCAAUACAAUAUGAUUCAUUCCCUAGGUUAGUUUCUCGUUCGAAGGUAGACAGUUUUACUAGGAAUCGAUUAGAAAGAAGGAUCGCAGUUUACGGCAUAGAAAUGAAACAUAUAAAUUUACUAAUAAUCUUUAAAAAUAAUCGUAACGCUCGAGUUCAUAGGGAAUGUUGGAAUUUUAAUCCAAAUAUAUCAAGGUUAAAUCAGCAAUAA